AUGAGACACCCCAAGUACCAAGCUCUCAAGGAAGAGGUGAGGAAGAUGGUGGUGGAUGAUGCAGUAAGUGGAGAUGAUGAUCAGGAGGCAACAAUUGCCAACAAGCUCCAACUGAUAGAUACGAUCCAACGUUUAGGCGUCGGGUAUCACUUUGAAAUGGAAAUUGAUGAAGCCCUUGAAAAAGUACAUGCUUUUGGAGAUGACUUAUUUAUCAAUAUCGAUGAUAACAAUACUGCCGAUCUCUACUAUGCGGCUCUAAAGUGUCGACUGCUCAGACAACAAGGCUUUUCGGUUUCACUAGAUGGAUUUAAGAAGUUGAAGGACAAUGAAGGACUAUUCAAGGAAGGGUUGGCAUCAGAUGAGCAAGGACUGGUGAGCUUGUACGAGGCAACGCACAUGACGAUCAAUGGAGAGAUCAUAUUGGAUGAAACCCUAACUUUUACGACGACGACCUCAAGUGAGAAGACUUCCGAGAUGCAGGGGAAUUAA